GCGGGAUCAGGAACGGCAGCGGGAUCGGGAACGGCAGCGGAAUCGGGAUCGGCCGCGGGAACGGCUUCGGGAACGGGAGCGGCAUCCGCAGCGAGUGGGGCCCGGCGCUCCCGAUCUUCCUUGAUCCAAUUAUGAAAAAAUGUUUAGAAAAGGAAAAAAGCGACACAGCAGCAGCAGCUCACAAAGCAGUGAAAUCAGCACUAAAAGCAAGUCUGUAGAUUCCAGCCUUGGGGGACUUUCAAGGUCUAGUACUGUGGCCAGCCUAGAUACAGACUCCACAAAAAGUUCAGGACAAAGCAAUAGUAAUUCUGAUACAUGUGCAGAAUUCAGAGUUAAAUAUGUUGGUGCCAUUGAAAAAUUGAAAUACAAUGAGAGCAAAAGUCUUGAAGGGCCACUGGACUUGAUAAAUUACAUAGAUGUUGCACAGCAAGAUGGAAAGUUACCUUUUGUUCCAGGUGAAGAGGAGUUUAUUAUGGGAGUUUCCAAAUACGGCAUUAAAGUUUCUACAUCUGAUCAGUAUGAUGUGUUACAUAGGCACGCUCUCUAUUUGAUUGUACGGAUGGUGUGCUAUGAUGAUGGUCUGGGAGCAGGAAAGAGUUUACUGGCUUUGAAGACAACAGAUGCAGCCUCUGAAGAAUGCAGCCUCUGGGUAUAUCAAUGCAAUAGUUUGGAACAAGCACAAGCCAUUUGCAAAGUGUUGUCUACAGCCUUUGAUUCAGUUUUAAUGUCGGAGAAGUCCUGAUUUCCUUCAGCAGCAGUGUUUGUGUGGGAAGCACCGGGGCUCCUCAUGACACCAUGGACAGCUUGGAGCCACACACAGCCCUGGGAAAGAAUCACUGUGCAAAAGAGCCACACAGCCUUGCACAUGGUACUCUGGAUUCCCCAAACAUGACUUGAAGAUUCCAUCUUCAGGACAUUACAGGAUUUUAUAUUUAACACAAUUUCUCUUUUUCCUAAAUCAUGUUUUGUAUGUUAAUGUCAAUAUUGCAGAAAUGUAAAAUAAAACUGACACUUGCUUCUA